CCACCCCCGUACAGAAAUAAAAAGGACUCGCCGUCGCGUGUGCUUUAAUUUAACGAAUUUAAUCAAAAAGAAAUCCUAACAAAAUGAGCAAGUUCGCUUGGGUGACGCUGACGACAAAUGACACGUACUCCCUGGGUGCCCUGGUGUUGGCCCAUUCCCUGAAGCGGGCCGGGACCGCUCACCAGCUGGCCGUGCUGGUGACGCCCACCGUGUCGGAGGCGAUGCGCGACAGACUGAAGGACGUGUACAAUGUUGUGCAAGAGGUGAAUGUGCUGGACUCACAGGAUGCGGCUAAUCUGGCCCUGCUCUCCCGCCCGGAGCUGGGCGUGACCUUCACAAAGCUGCACUGCUGGCGUCUGGUGCAGUUCGAGAAGUGUGUCUUCCUCGAUGCUGAUACCUUGGUCCUGCAAAAUGUCGACGAGCUCUUUGAGCGCGAGGAACUCUCGGCUGCUCCGGAUGUCAGCUGGCCCGAUUGCUUCAACUCCGGCGUCUUCGUGUUCAGACCCAGCCUGGAUACCUUCGGCAAGAUCACAGAGUUCGCCAUACAGAACGGAAGCUUCGAUGGCGGCGACCAGGGCCUGCUGAAUCAGUUCUUCGCGGAUUGGGCGACGGCGGACAUUAAGAAGCAUUUGCCAUUCGUCUACAAUGUGACGGCCUAUGCCUCGUACUGCUAUCUGCCCGCCUUCAAACAGUUCAGAGAUAAGAUUAAGAUUUUGCAUUUCGCCGGCAAGCUGAAGCCCUGGCUGAUUCAGUUCAACUCUGAGACGAAGACGGCGGCUGUGUCCUCGGACUAUGCCCACGCCCAGGACCUUAUCCAGCUCUGGUGGAACAUCUUCUGUGAUACCGUCAUCGAGUCCCUGUCCAGCAAAAUGUGCCUUUGCUUAAAUCUAACGCACUCGCAAGGUCCCUCCGGGGCGGACCAUCGAGCAACGGAUGGGCAGCACGAGUACUACCGGCAGCAGCAGCAGUUGCAUCACCUCUUGCACGUCCGCGAAUACCGCGAUCCCUGGGCAGAUUACUACGAGAAUCUGGAGCGGAGGCAAGAGAGCCCCGAGCCGGAGCAUGAGAGUCACCACAGCCACCAUGAGCAGGACAAUGAGCAUGCAAACGAUGAGUGGACAGCACCCGAUGCAUGCCCACAACCACCGUCACCACCCACCACUCCUCCUAUACCCACUGCCAACAAUGCCACUGCCAAUGAAAAUGCCAAUCCAAAUGGCCAUGCAACUGCCGAAGAGCUCACGUCCAAGGAUGUGAAUUCCAAUAAACUGAAUGCACGCCCAACCCCACCAGAACAUGCCACGUUCACGCCCAAAGCCACUGCCACGCCCACAGCCACUGCCACAGCCACAGCCACUGCCACGCCCUCGCCUCAUCAUUCCGAGCAUAGGCAGAGAGUAAGAAAGAGUACGAAAAAAGCGCAGCCAGAAGUUGCAGUCGGCGUGCAGCCUGAGGCUGGUCUGGCUGGUGCCCUGUCGCAGCUGCAGAUCGGAGUGCAGCGGUCGCCCGAACAGGAGGCAUACGAGAGUCUGAUGCGGCGCCAGUGCUGGGAGUCCGGACAGAUCGACUACACGGGCGCCGACUCGUUCGACAACAUCUGGAAGAAGAUCUCGCAGACGCUGGACAAGAAGCCGGAGAAGGAGGCCGAGGAAACCGGUAGUUCAUCUUAAGAAAAAACAAAAACAGAACAAAACCUACACGUAGAACAGAACAAAACACAGCAGAACAAACGCAGAAACCGUUCGUUACUCGUCGUUUUGUUGCCACUUUUUUGUUACGCACACACAGUCAAACACUCACACAGAUACCCCCCACCCAUCCAAACGCACACACACACACCCACUCUCUCACACACACUUGAAGAGAGGCAGCGCCAGCGGCAGAGUGCUGUCAAUUUUAAGGGGCAAAACUCUAAUUGAAAUUUAAGGUUUCAUGAGGAUGUUGAAGCGCCCUUCUGGGCCAAAAAUGUUGUCGAGCGAAUACUUCCGAGUGUCAUAAAUGCAAUUUUUAUUUGCCCCCCACCAACACUCACACACAUACAUCCACUCACAGUUACACUCAUCCACGCUCCGCGUGGCAGCAGGGCAUGGCAUCUUGUUAGGGAAAGUGAGGCGGAAAAAAUGAAAAAUACGCACAGAAAUUUUAAUUAAGUUUUCAAAUUAAACUUUUUGUACUCACUCGUGUGGCUGCUGCUGCUCUCGACAGCAGCCAUUUGGCACUUGGCCACACCACGCUCUAGCCGCCCUCUGCCCCUUCUGCUCGCAUAAAUACACGCCCACAAAACUUGGCCCCGCCACAAACUUUUACACUUCAUUGUAUUUUAAUUGAAAAUGUUGUACUUUUGCCAGUACUCGUACUCGUGAUCCGUACUCGUGCUCGGUACGUGUGUUUACCAAUUUAUGGCGGUGACUGUUCAUCUGCAUCCACAAAUUCAUUGUAGCAUAAAGUCCCACCCCGCCCACUCCCUUUGUGGUCUAUCCCGCAUUGCCCUCGUCCCCCUAAACAUAUGUAGAUAGAUUUGUUUUCAAUAUGAAUAAAAAUCAUGCAAAAGUGUGUAUAAAAUAAAUUUAGAAUAAAAUAAAUCUCCAAAAACUGAACUCUUGUGGCAGUUGUGUCUCUGUCUGAAUCUAUAACUAUAUCUGUGUGUGUGUGUGUGUGCCUUCGUUCUGUGCACCCUUUCCCCUGCCCCAAUUUCAGUUCGAAAAUAUUUGUUUCGAGUGUUUUGUUUUUGCAGUGGAAUACUAAUCUAUAUUUUCUAUCCAUCUAUCUACAUAUAUACUCGUACCAUUUAUGUUAUAAUUUACUUUGGAAUAUUGUCGUAAUAUUUAUUCAAGAACCACAAAGAAAAACCCAACAACAAAAACUACAACACAAACAACUUGUGAAAUUUGUGGAAUUCUGUUUUUAAA